UGUUUCUCUCUCUCUCUCUCGAAAAGAAAGGAGGAAAACAGUGUCAUUCGAGGCGUGUGAGCGCGUCAGUCCGAGCGCAGGUUUGAGUCCUGGAGUGUGUGAGAGGAUCAGUCAGGAAUAACGCGCCUCUGUUUCUCAGGCUUUAUUCUGGACCUAGACACUAUAACACACACAACACACACUCCCGCAGCCGAGACCACAAGGGCUGCCAGAGGGAGCGGUCCAUCCUGCUGCUGUGUUUGCUCGGGUCUGAGUCCAUGCAAACUGCCAUCUGAUCCACGUUUAUCAAUGCGGGAGCUGAUCAUGGCGGAUGGCCCCCGGUGUAAGAGGCGAAAACAAGCCAACCCGCGGAGGAAAAACGCAGUGUUGGACUUUGAGAACGUUGUAGAAACCGGAUCAGAGACGGAGGAAGAGGACAGACUUCUGGUAUCGGAGGAGGACGGCUUGAUCAAUGGGGCGGUGAGUCCAGUCAGCCUUGUCAAUCAAGAGUCCGUGGCCCCGCCCUCCCCGACCCUGGGUCACACACUGCUGAGGAAGACUGUGGAUGAUGAAGAUGAUAUGAAGGACAGUGGAAUAGAGAACGUCUGGCACGAAAACGACUUGAUCAGUACAUCAGUCGAUGGUACCGAUGAGCUGAAGAGAGACUAUGACACUAUGGGGCCCGAUGCUGCUUUAGAGCCGGUUGGGAACAGUACAGUGAAGAGCGUACACUGCGCUACUGAGUUUGAGGAUUUCUUCCGGAAGCGUAAACUGGUGGACAGUGAAAGUCAUGUGGUCAGCAUUGCCGAAUACCUCCAGAGAGGAGACACAGCCAUCAUCUACCCCGAAGCACCGGAGGAACUCUCCCGUUCCCGCCUCGCCACGCCCGAAGCCAACGGACACGAGGAGAACGACCUGCCACCUGGAACUCCAGAUGCUUUCGCCCAACUGUUGACCUGCCCCUACUGCGACCGGGGUUACAAACGCUUGACUUCCCUAAAGGAACACAUCAAGUACCGGCACGAGAAAAACGAGGAGAACUUCGCCUGCCCUCUGUGCAGCUACACGUUUGGUUACCGCACUCAGCUGGAGAGACAUAUGGCCACACACAAGCCAGGACGAGAUCAGCACCAGAUACUCAACCAGGGUUCUGGCAACCGCAAGUUCAAAUGCACCGAAUGCGGCAAGGCCUUCAAAUACAAACACCAUCUAAAGGAGCACCUGCGGAUACACAGUGGUGAGAAGCCAUACGAAUGUCCAAACUGUAAGAAGAGAUUCUCGCACUCCGGGUCCUACAGUUCACACAUAAGCAGUAAGAAAUGCAUCGGACUGAUCGCCAUCAAUGGCAGGGCGAGGAACAAUAUGAAGACGGGUUCAUCUCCGACCUCUGCAUCGUCCUCCCCAACGAACAACGCCAUUUCACAGCUACGACACAAACUGGAGAAUGGCAAACCACUCGGUUUGCAAGACCAGUCCAACCACCUCAACAUCAAAUCUGAACCAUUGGACUUCAACGACUAUAAGCUGAUGAUGGCCUCUCAUGGCUACGGUACAGGCAGCCCCUUCCUCAAUGGUGGUAUGAGGGGAGGCAGCCCACUGGGCAUUCAUAACUCCCAUAAUCCCCUUCAGCACCUGGGCAUGGGGAUGGAGGGGCAAAUGCUGGGAUACCCAUCACUGGGAAACAACCUGAGCGAGGUUCAGAGGGUCCUGCAGAUUGUGGACAACACAGUUUGUCGACAAAAGAUGGACUACAAGCCAGAGGAGAUCUCCAAGUUGAAGGCUUACAUGAAGGAGUUGGGUUCCCAAAUAGAGGAACAGAAGCAAGGGCUCACCUCUCCAGGUGGACCCCAGAAUACUCUUCCACUCAUCAAUCACAACGGUGCCACAAAGAGCAUCAUAGACUACACACUUGAGAAGGUCAACGAAGCCAAAGCCUGCCUUCAGAGCUUGACUACGGACUCUAAGAGGCAAAUAAGCAAUAUCAAGAAAGAGAAGGCAAAUCAUAUGCUAGAUAUAGGUAUAGAGGACAAAACGCAUGAGAAUAAUAAUCUAAUGUUUACACCCUUCUCCUGCCAAUAUUGCAAAGAGACCUUCCCUGGCCCCAUUCCCCUGCACCAGCACGAGCGCUACCUUUGCAAGAUGAAUGAGGAAAUCAAGGCCGUGCUUCAGCCCGCUCAGAAUGCCUCGACCAACAAAACUGGCUUGUUUGCUGAGAAACAUGUCCUCUUGCAUCCCUCCGUCAUUCCCGAGAAGGGCGUCAACUGCCCUAUCAGUCCCUACAAGGACCACAUGUCAGUGCUGAAAGCUUAUUUCGCCAUGAACAUGGAGCCCAACUCAGAAGAACUACUGAAAAUCUCCAUAGCAGUCGGCCUUCCGCAGGAGUUUGUGAAAGAGUGGUUUGAGCAAAGGAAAGUCUUUCAGUAUGCUAAUUCCAGGACUCCUCCUUUAGACAGGAACCACGUGGAAUCUGGUCAUCCAGUCUCCGUUCACACGCCCACUAAAGACUCGUUAGGCAUCCGGUCUCCGAUGUCCCUGGUCAAAGGUACUGAUCACAUCACAUCCCCAUCCAUCCUCGAGCUUCAUAACAACAUUAACAACUACGACACCCCACUCAGGCUCUCCAAAACCCCUCAGUUCUCCAACCACAAGCCGCUCAGGGAUAAGCUGGGCCACUCCAGAAGCAACACGCCAUCUCCUCUAAACUUGUCAUCUGCCUCCUCCAAAAACUCCCACACUAGCUCUUACACACCCAACAGCUUCACCUCUGAGGACCUGCAGGCUGAACCUCUUGACCUCUCGUUGCCAAAGCUCAUGAAAGAGUCAAAGCACAUCUUGACUAUGAAAAGCCGACCCAAGCUAAACAGCACCCCCACUGACCAUAACCACGUCAUGACACUCCGCGAGCAUGCAGACGAGCCGCUCAACUUGGCUUAUCUCUCUAAGGAGUUUGGCAGCCCCAAUGCAAACAGCAAUCUGAACAAAAGCUCGAGCCCCAUGUUUGGUCUGAACCCCUUCACUGCCAAACCCCUGUACACUUCCCUCCCGCCCCAAAGUGCAUUUCCUCCCCCUACGUUCAUGCCUCCGGUCCAAGCCAGUCUCCCGGGGCUGAGACCCUACCCCAGCCUUGACCAGAUAAGCUUCUUGCCGCACAUGGCCUACACGUACGCGGCAGGCGCGGCCAGCUUCGCCGAGAUGCAGCAGAGGAGAAAAUACCAGCGGAAGCCAGGGUUCCAGAGCGAGCUUCUCGACGGGCCGGCAGAUUAUCUGAGCAGUCUAGAUGAUAUGGCCGACCCCGAGGCCUGUCUGUCCAGGAAGAAGAUUAAGAAAACAGAAAGUGGUAUGUACGCGUGUGACCUUUGCGACAAAACAUUCCAGAAGAGCAGUUCCCUCCUCAGACACAAAUAUGAACACACAGGUAAACGGCCACACCAGUGUCAGAUCUGCAAGAAAGCGUUUAAACACAAGCAUCAUCUGAUUGAACACAGCCGCCUGCACUCCGGAGAGAAGCCCUACCAGUGCGACAAAUGCGGCAAGCGCUUCUCGCACUCGGGCUCGUACUCGCAGCACAUGAACCACAGAUACUCGUACUGCAAGAGAGAGGCGGAGGAGCGCGAGGCGGCCGAGCGAGAAGCCCGAGAGAAGGGUCACCUGGAGCCCACGGAGCUGCUGCUAAACCGGGCAUACCUGCAGGGCAUCGCUCCACCCGGAUACCCAGAGCAUACACCAGAGCCUAUCCUGAGGGACGGCCUGAACGGGAGCAUUCGGGAGCGACUCAAGGAGGUGGAAGGAGCGUUCGUGAAGAUGGGCCGGCGAGACGAGGAGUUCGAGGAGGAGGAAGAGGAGAGCGAAAACAAAAGCAUGGACACCGACGGGGACACCAUGAGGGACGAGGAGGAAAACGGCGAGCACUCGAUGGACGAGAGCUCCGUGGACGGCAAAACUGAAUCCAAAUGGGAUCCCGAGGAUGUGGUGUAGCUGUUCGCUUGGGGGAUGGGUCGUCUGCGAAGCUGCAUUAUGCAAAAAUAUAAAAAAUAAAUGAAGUUUUACAAAUUGUACAGUAUUAAGGCCUAAAGUAUGUGUGGUGCUACCAUCCUAAAAUCACGUGUUCCAUAGUAUUUAUAGCACAAACUAGUAACUUGUACAAAAAUUGCACUCUGCUUCUAUAAUCCCUACGAGAAUAAUGAAAUUAUUUGCUGAUGUAUAUUUAUACAGUGUUAAAAAGGGGUGCAGGGGAUCAGUAUUUAAUGCGUUUUUUUCUGCCCUCGCCACACACUCUUUUAGGCCGAAUUCACGUGAAGGACCGUAACAGUAUUCCGUUUGCUUUGACGAUUUCGAGUCUUAAAGAGACUGUUUAGAGAGAGAACGAUCAUUCGACCGGGACAGACGACGGAUGGACUGAGCCUUUGGAAGGUUGUUGCCUUAUAUGCAAACUUGUUAAUCAGCGCGUUUCUAAAGUGCCAACCCUGUUCAGUAUUAGAGGAGAGCGACGCGAGCCGUCUCUCUCUGUCUCUCUCCGAUCAGCACGAUCUCUCUGUUAGCACAGCAGCUCUUUAGUUUACAACGACGUUUGUGCAAUUUCGUUCUCAGUAUUACACCAAACCGUUUUGCAAUGACAGCAUUGCAUCCUUUUAUUUGUAGGUUUAAAUGACAUCUUAUUUAUGUGGCCCAUUUUGUAUCUCCUGAUUUUAUUUAUUUCAUACUGUACAGUACAGUAUUAUAGUUCUUCAAUAAAUAGAUCUAUUUUAGUAAAAUGGAAGCUGGAGUUGAUGAGAGCAUUUAUUGUGUUUUGAAACAUUAAUUGUGAAAUGCAAAUUUUCGAUUUCAUUUCAGUUCAUUGUUUUUGUUCUUUUACUUUCCAUUUACUGGAAAUUCCAAAAUUUGGGAACUUUUGAUACAACAUUGUGAGAACACUGUAUUUUCAACUGAAAGAAGAAAAAAAGAGAUCCACAUGUCUUUUGUUGAAGUGGAACAGGGACAGUUGAAAUUUAAUGUAUGAUAAUAUCAUGACUGAAAACACACGAAUCUUUCCUGAAUUGUCUUUGUAAGAGUAUUAUGGAUUUUAAUUAAUUUCUCUUGGAAAUGACUAUGCUCAAAUAAAAG